AUGGAGGGGAGAAACGCUCUCUACUUCCUCGUCGUGCUCACCCUUGUAGCAGCAAGCCCUGCUCUUGCAGCCGAGAGAUGCGAGCAAGAGCAAUUCUUCUCCCUGAUAUGCAUGGACUGGCUCUGCGCGCAGGAGUGCGCCAGCCAGAACCCGGACAUGAGGGUCAAGGCGGCCUACUGCACCGCCAAGGGGAUCAAGCGCUAUUGCCACUGUACCAUGUGUUAUAAGUAA